AAACCUUUCUUUCUUUCCACCUCUGCUUUCUGAAAACGACAUUAGAUUAUAGAUAUACCGCCGUAUGAUCAGUCAUGCCUCGCUUUCAAAGAUUUCUAGGCAGCAGCCCCCACUCCGCCAACUUCUCAAACAUAACGGCGGCUCCGCCUCCUGAGGCCGUGGCUCUCGAGUCGGACUUCGUCGUCAUACUGGCAGCGCUGCUCUGCGCCGUCAUAUGCGUGGUGGGUCUACUCGCCGUCGCACGCUGCGCCUGGCUCCGCCGCGUAUCCGGCGGCAGAGCCGCUAUCGGAUCGGCUUCUUCAUCCGCCAACAAGGGCCUCAAGAAGAAGGUCCUCCAAUCCCUUCCGAAGUUCACGUACGGAACCGGCGGCGCCGAGCCGCCGCCUAAGCUGGGUUCGGAGUGCGCCAUCUGCUUAGGGGAGUUCGCGGAGGGGCACGAGAUCAGGGUUCUGCCGCAGUGCGGGCACGUGUUCCAUGUCGGGUGCAUUGACACGUGGCUUGGAUCCCACUCCUCGUGCCCGUCGUGCCGGCAGAUCUUGGUGGUGGCUCGGUGUCACAAGUGCGGUGGGUUUCCGGCACCAGUAUCAGAGGCGGAGCUCAAGGCUCACCAGGACCACACCAACCGUUCAGCUCCUCCUCCGGCAGCGGCGGCUGCUGCUGCACCCAGUACUGCCGUUAGUAUUAGUUCUAAUACGGCUACAACUACCAAUUUUCUGCCUUAAAGUUUGCUAAUUAGCAAACCCACUUUUUUAAUUUUUCUUUAUUGAACUAGCCUUUUAUUUUUCUUUUUCUCAUCAAUUUGUAUUUCCUGCCACUCUUUUGUGUACAGAGAGAAUCAAUGGAUCAUCAUGUUUAUGCUUCUGAAA